ACAGGUUUCUCUGGAAACUUUCCUAGUUUCAGCCUUCUGAUGAAACCUUUCCUUCCAGAUUUUACGAAACCUCACAAAGAUGUGCGACCAACAGGAGCAGCAACAUUUUUCUUCCUCCUGUGUGAAAGGUUUGAAACUGGGGUCAGUGCAAAGCACAAAAUGCACGUCUGUGAAAUGUGCAGCUCCAUGCGAGACUAAAACUGUUAGUGUGGUGUGUCCUGACCCGUGCCAGACUCAGACCUACGUGAAAUGCUCUGUUCCAUGCCAGACGACAUGUGUGAAAUGCCCAACUCCAUGCCAGACUCAGACCUACGUAAAAUGCCCUGCACCAUGCUAGACAACAUAUGUGAAAUGCCCACCUCCAUGCCAGACUCAAACCUAUGUGAAAUGCCCAGUUCCCUGUCAGAUAAUGUAUGUGAAAUGCCCAGUUCCGUGCCAGACGACCUAUGUGAAUUGCCUAGUUCCGUUCCAGACGACCUAUGUGUAAUGCCCAAUUCUGUGCCAGACGACCUAUGUGAAAUGUCCAACUCCCUGCCAGACCCAGACAUAUUAUGUCCAGUGCUCUUCUCCUUGCCAGACCUACUAUGUGCAGGCUCCUGCAAGCAGCACAGUGCAGAGCUCAGGAUCCCAGGGUUGUAGCCUGACCCAUGCUGUGAUUGUGGUUGCUGCUGUUUGGGAAUUAUCCCCAUGA